CCCGUGCGCGUCGCGCGCGCGAACGCUCCGCCCCCAGCCCGCUGCUCCCGGAGCUGCCGCGGCGAGGACCAUGCAGCUGCCGAACAUCCUGCUCACGGGUACUCCGGGUGUUGGAAAAACCACGCUGGGCAAAGAACUUGCAUCAAGAGCAGGACUGAAAUACGUUAAUGUGGGUGAUUUAGCUCGAGAAGGGCAGUUGUUUGAUGGCUAUGAUGAAGAGUAUGAGUGCUCCAUUUUAGAUGAAGAUAGAGUGAUUGAUGAGUUGGAAAAUCAAAUGAGUGAAGGUGGAGUUAUUGUGGAUUACCACGGUUGUGAUUUCUUCCCAGAACGCUGGUUUCAUAUCGUUUUUGUGCUAAGAACAGAUAACACAGUGCUGUACAAAAGACUUGAAACAAGGGGUUAUAGUGAGAAGAAACUGAAAGAGAACAUUCAGUGUGAAAUUUUUCAAGUUCUUUAUGAAGAAGCCUUAGCAUCGUACAAGGAAGAAAUAGUGCAUCAGCUGCUCAGCAAUAGUCCAGAUGAUCUAGAGAAUAAUAUCAACCAGAUAAUGGCAUGGAUUGAACAAUGGGUCAAAGAUCAUAGCUCUUGAAGUAUACGAUCGACACUUUAUGAUCUCUUGCUAUUUCUCUCCCCAUAUAAAUUACCCAAUUGUUAAUAAAUUAAAAAAACAAAACGUUGCAAGUGGGGUAGGAGAGAUAGUACAGCUGAUAGGUCCUUACAUGACAGCUGACUGGGGUUUGAUCCCCAGCAUACCAUAUGGCCCUCCGAGUUCACCAGGAGUGAUUUCUAAGUGCAGAGCCAGGAGAAACCCCUGAGCAUGGCCAAGUGUGUCUCCAAGUCCACCACCACUAUGCACACCCCCCCACCCUACUCCCCAAAAAACACUGUUACAAGACUAGAAGAUGGAUUAUACUAAAGUUUAU